AUGAAGUGGACGCCUACGCUCACAUAUUGGCUCCUCACCGAAACCACCAUCAUUGGGGCAAUCGCCGCACCUUCUCAGUAUCGGCAUCCCUCUUUCUUUUUCAUUCUCUCCCUCAUAUGCUAUCAAGUAUUUUUCACUAAGAUCGACAUUGGCGGCGAGCUCAUGGCGGAGUGUGGAAUCGGGAUUCGACUCUUCGCCCAGCUCGUAUCUACAUCCUAUUACCUCCUGCUAAACGACGCCCAGCGCGACCUACGAAUCAUAGGAGAUAAGGAGGACAUCGCCCUCAAACCAUUCGCCUCUAGAUUAUGGUGGGCCGCUCAUCUGUACUUCAAUCCCCGCGCUGUGGGCUGGUCACACGAAGCACGAGGAAAGCUUCCGUCUCGUCCUACAGAGAAGACUGCACUUUCCUUCACUAUUUCUCAACUCUCGUUCGUCGCACGAUGCUUCCUCCUCUACACCGUCGCCGUCUAUCUAUCCCAUCAGAACCCGUAUUUCAACCGACACGGAGACUCGUCAGAUAUCACUGGCUUCGCCCGUCUCUGGCAAUUGGGAACCGUUCUAUACUUCAUCAUGGUAUCCCUUGGCCUAUCCAUCCAAUACACGUAUCUCAGCAUAGUUUGGGUUGCCUUGGGACUCUCGAAGCCGAAAGACUGGCCUCGGCUCUUCGGUUCGCCGGCCGAUAUGUAUACGAUCCGCCGAUUCUGGGGUGUUGGAUGGCAUCAAAUGUUCCGCGGUGGUUUCAGCGCCCACGCUGAUUUCUUUGCGAAAGCGUUUGAUCUACCACAGAAGAGUAGAUUUACCACUUACUUCAAGCUAAUCGUCGUCUUCUCCAUCUCCGCGUGCAUGCAUCACCUCGCCGACGUCGGGAUUUUCCACAAUUGGACGAAAUCGGGAGCUAUUCCGUUUUUCCUCCUUCAAGCUGUUGGGAUCAUGUUCGAAGAUGCCCUGUUGGCGAUGGCACGAAGGAUUGGGUUGAAAGAGUCGCCGUUCACGAGGUUACUGGGAUACGGGUGGGUGCUGGCGUGGUUUGGGUUCAGCAUGCCUCGGUGGAUCAACCCAAUCGUUCCCAUCGGGUACAUCGACGAAUUGUGUGGGUUUGGAUUCAACCAUGACGCACUUCACCAAAUUAUCGCGGACACAUGGAGACGCGGGACAUUGCUUAGGGCGUUCAAACACGCGGCGUCAUUCAAUAGGUGGGUCCCUUCGGUUUUGCUAUCUCGCACUUGA